GGGACGGGACGGGACGGGACGGGAGGCGGCGGAGCCGGGAGCGGGGAGCGGCCAUGGGGAAGCUGCUGGUGGUGGCUCUUGUCGGGAUAGCGGCAGCCCUGGCGGCGGAGCGGCUGCUGGCCCUUCGGAACAGACUCAAUGCUUCACGGGAAGUAGCCCCAGUAACGCUCCCGAACUGCCAGCUCAUUAAAGGAAUCGAAGCUGGUUCUGAAGACAUCGACAUACUUCCCAAUGGACUAGCCUUCAUCAGCUCUGGCUUGAAAUAUCCAGGAUUAACGAGCUUUGCUCCAGACAAACCAGGCGAAAUAUUUUUGAUGGAUUUGAAUGAAGACUAUCCCAGGGCAGUGGAACUGAGAAUCAGUCGAGGGUUUGAUCUGUCGUCAUUUAACCCUCAUGGAAUCAGCACCUAUAUAGACAAAGAUGACACCGUGUACCUCUUUGUUGUGAACCAUCCCCAUCAGAAGAGCACAGUAGAAUUGUUUAAAUUUGUAGAAGAUGACAAUUCUCUUUUACACCUGAAAACCAUUCGACAUGAUCUUCUGACAAGUGUGAAUGAUAUAGUAGCCAUGGGACCAGAUAGUUUCUAUGCUACCAAUGACCACUACUUCACCGACUUCAUCUUGAUGUUCUUAGAGAUGUUCUUGGGUUUAACAUGGUCAAAUGUUGUUUACUACAGUCCAAAAGAAGUUAAAGAAGUAGCAGCUGGCUUUUAUUCAGCGAAUGGAAUCAAUAUUUCACCUGAUAGAAAGUACAUCUAUGUUGCAGAUAUAUUUGAUCAUAGUGUCCAUGUUAUGGAAAAGCACACUAACUGGAAUUUAACUCACGUGAAGACGCUGCAGCUGGACACUCUGCUUGAUAACUUGUCUAUUGAACCUCACACUGGAGACAUCUGGACAGGAUGUCAUCCCAAUGGGAUGAAGCUGUUCUACUAUGAUCCUGAAAAUCCUCCUGCCUCUGAGGUUCUGCGCAUCCAGAACAUCCUGUCAGAGGAGCCUGUGGUGACCCGUGUCUACGCUGACAACGGCUCUGUGCUGCAGGGGAGCUCAGUGGCAUCCAUCUACGAGGGAAAACUGCUCAUUGGCACAGUCUUCCACAGAGCUCUCUACUGUGAGCUAUAGCUUGCCAUGGGUAAGAUCUACCGCGGCGGAAAGGAUUUAAUUCCUUGGGAACUCAGUUUCUGCUAAAUUUGCUAACAAGAAGACUGUUCCAAUAAAGGUUAACUGCAGUAAUGGAGAUGUAUUUUAGCCUUCCUCUCCAAAAUGAGACUUUUACGCAAUAGCAAAGGAAAUGGAACCGAAGGUGAGAAAUUAGUUUCUUUUGUAAUGAGGAGGACCCAAUAUCAGUAACAAAGGGUAACCUUGAAGUUCAGUUUCAGAUUGCAGAUGACUGAACUGUCAGACACAGAACUCAUCUCUGCUGUCUGGAUCUUGUUGUUUUGGUUUUUGUUUUUGUUUUUUUUUUUCCCCAUGAGAAAACUGAUUUCGUAAAUAAGAAUUCCUGACUACCAGUGUGGUGUGGGUUAUGGUCACUGACCCCUGGGCCUUCCCAGGGACUGUGCAAGGGGGUCUUCUUCUGAAUCUGCCUAUUGGCUUUCCCUAAUGCUUCCAAAAUAACUGGAAAGGGAAUAAAUAUUAUUUCAGUUUCAUCCA